AGAGAUGGGAAAAGAGUGUCUGAGAGGUGUCUCAUUCACUCGGCGGAAGCGCUAUGGACAAGGAGGUGGUGUUGAUCACAGGCUGCUCAUCCGGCAUCGGCCUCAGCCUGGCGGUCCGCCUGGCCUCCCACCCGGAACAGAAGUUCAAAGUGUACGCCACCAUGAGAAACAUGGCCAAGAAGGAGCGUCUCCUGGAGUGCGUCAAAGGUCUGCACAAGGACACCCUGGAGGUUCUUCAGAUGGACGUCACUGACCGCCAGUCCAUCCUGGAUGCCCGGGACAAGGUGGCGGAGAAACGAGUGGACAUUCUCGUGUGUAACGCAGGUGUGGGGUUGAUGGGUCCACUGGAGGUCCAAUCGUUGGACUCCAUGAAGCAGAUCCUGGAGGUCAACCUUCUCGGAACAAUCCAGACCAUCAAGGCCUUCUUGCCCGGCAUGAAGGCUCAAAAUGGGGGUCGUAUCCUGGUCACGGGAAGCACCGGAGGUCUUCACGGUCUUCCUUUUAAUGAGGUGUACUGUGCCAGCAAGUUCGCCAUCGAGGGAGCGUGUGAGAGCUUGGCUGUGCUCCUGCAACACUUCAACAUCCGUGUUAGCCUUAUCGAGUGCGGCCCCGUCAACACGGACUUCCUGGUCAACCUGAAGAAGGCGGAGCUUGGGGACGAGUGCCUGCAACAUGUGGACGCCCAGACGCUCGACCUGUAUGAGAAAUACCUGCAGCACUGCAGCCACGUCUUCCAAAACGCAGCACAGGACACGGAGGACAUUGUUAAGGUGUUUUUAGACGCCAUUGAGUCACCCAGCCCGGCCUUCAGAUACUUCACCUGCGGGCAAGUGCCUCCCCUGACCGAGCUGAAGCUCACGCAGCCGGACGGCCUUCAAUACAUCAGCGCCAUGAGCGAUCUCAUCUUUGCGUGCGAGGAGAAAUAAUCUCCUCACGUGUAUGUGUGUUGGCUCCAAGCCAUUGUUGGUUAAUAUUUUAGGGACGAUGACUCGCUGCUGAGUCAAUGAGUUGCAAUGAGAGUCCUUAUCGCAACAAGCAAUCAGUGUGAUAAGGUAGUGAAAAUCUGAGAACACAGUUUUAGGGGAAAAAGGAUUAAAACUGAAGAAACAGUUGUUUUAAAACUCAAUGUAAUGCUGCAUUACUUGCCUCUUUGUGUACAGCUCUGGUAAUGGGUACAUUUGCACCCACCUGCACAAAUGUACUUCAAAAUGUAGCAUUCAUAAUAAAUAUGACUUCUUUUUUGUUUACUAGGGCAUGCAUGUAUAAUAUGCAUUAGUUUGACCAUUUAAAAUCAACGAUAAUAAAAAGGAAAUGCUUGGAAAUAGCAUAAAAAUGCCCCAAAAACAUGGAAAAACAUGAUUCAUAGGGUUACUUUUUGGUGUAGCCAUCAUGAGCGUUCUGUUCAGGUAUAUUUCUUUUAUAUUUUGAUAAAUCAUCAUAUUUAUGUAUUACUAAAUUUAAAUAGGUAUUGAUCAAUCUUUAAGCUGUGUGUAUUUGAUUUCAGUUUGCUUUUGACAUCUUAUUUAGAAUUGUAGUUGAAACUUUUACAACCUUGUGUUGCGCUCAUGAUGGCGUAACCAAACUAGAUUAUUUUGAAUAUUUAUUCCCUUUUUUACAUUCAGUAUAUCUAAAUAUUCAUUUAUAAACAUUGAAUACAUUUCAAAUAUCAAUAAAAUGCAAUUGCCUUCAUCUUAUAGGGUAAUGUUUAGUUACACCAAGUCAUGAGCGUAACACUAAGCUUCAUCACUUUGACUUGUAAUAUCUCUAAUUCUGUGGUGUUUUAUGCUUUUUUUCUUUUUGGAACAUGUACUAUACAUAUAAUACAAUAAAGUCCCAUAUAAAAUUAUGUUUCUAGCAAUACUUUUAUUUUGCCUUUGAAAGUAACACUCCAAUGUUCAUUAGUGGAGCUGUACACCUUUGUACAAACCCAUGUCACGUGACUCCAAACUAGACACCUCAUUGGCUGGUUUUGAGAAAUGGAAUUUUUUUUACACAUACUUUUUACACAUUUAAUUCUUAAAACACUACUUUAACAAACUGUAUUUUUAUACACACACAUGUUGAUGUAUUAAAAUAAUCAGCAUGUAAAAAUUAACAACGCUAAAAUAAACUCGGUGUCAAAAAAAGGAUUUGUUGCAAAGACACAAACUAACCUCUGUCUUAUACCCUUGUACCACUGUCACGUUUACCCUUGUUUGCCAAAAAAAUACA